CCCAUCCUCCGGCUCCGCGGGGCGAGGGGAGGCGCCCGCCGGCUCCGGGCGCGGCGGGCGGGACACGGGCGCGGGGCGCAGGCGGGCUCCUCCGGCGCGCGCGGGCGCUGAGCUUGGCGUGUACCUCAGGUCUGGAUGCUGGUAGCCGGCUUCCUGCUGGCGCUGCCGCCGGGCUGGGCCGCGGGCGCCCCGAGGGCGGGCAGGCGCCCGGCGCGGCCGCGGGGCUGCGCGGACCGGCCGGAGGAGCUCCUGGAGCAGCUGUACGGGCGGCUGGCGGCCGGCGUGCUCAGCGCCUUCCACCACACGCUGCAGCUGGGGCCGCGCGAGCAGGCGCGCAACGCGAGCUGCCCGGCAGGGGGCAGGCCCGCCGACCGCCGCUUCCGGCCGCCCACCAACCUGCGUAGCGUGUCGCCCUGGGCCUACAGAAUCUCCUACGACCCGGCGAGGUACCCCAGGUACCUGCCCGAAGCCUACUGCCUGUGCCGGGGCUGCCUGACCGGGCUGUUCGGCGAGGAGGACGUGCGCUUCCGCAGCGCCCCGGUCUACAUGCCCACCGUGGUGCUGCGCCGCACCCCCGCCUGCGCCGGCGGCCGGUCCGUCUACACCGAGGCCUACGUCACCAUCCCCGUGGGCUGCACCUGCGUCCCCGAGCCGGAGAAGGACGCAGACAGCAUCAACUCCAGCAUCGACAAACCGGGCGCCAAGCUCCUGCUGGGCCCCAACGACGCGCCCGCUGGCCCCUGAGGCCGGUCCUGCCCCGGGAGGUCUCCCGGCCCGCGUCCCGAGGCGCCCAGGCUGAAGCGGUCUGGAGGGCUCUGUCGGCGACCUCUGAAGAGCGCGCACCGAGCAACCAAGCGCGAGCAUCGGCGCCGCCUUUGCACGGAGACUCGUCUGACACGGGCAUCUCUGGUUGCUCUUAGCCACAGGCAAGCAGGGUGGCUGGAAGCUUAUGGGAGACGACCCGGGACGACCACCUGUGUGCGGCCCGCACGGAGGGUUUGGAGAAGUGCACGGAGGAGCCUCCCAGGCCGGCUGCGGCGGGUACAGGGCGUGCCUCACCGCUGGGUGCUUGCCAAAGAGAUAGGGACGCAUAUGCUUUUUAAAGCCAUCUAAAAUAAAAAUAAGUAGAGCGACUAUAUACUUACUUUUAAAAUCAGCUGUUUUGAAUAGAGGCAGAGCUAUUUUAUAUUAGCAAAUUAGAGCUACUCUGUUAACAUUUCUUACUUAACAUAUAAACAUUUUUUUUUACUUCUUCUGGUCGGAUUUUUUUUUUUUUUUUUAAGCAUAAUUGGAAUCCUUGGAUAAAUUUUUUAGCUGGCACACUCUGGCCUGGGUCUCUGAAUUCAGCCUGUCACCGACGGCUGACUGAUGAAAUGGACAUGUCUGAUCUGACGCACUCUUCCUUCCACUGAAGGUCUUCACCGGCCUCCAGGUGGACAAAGGGAUGCACAGGCGGCUCGCAUGCCCCAGGGCCAGCUAAGAGUUCCAGAGAUCUCAGAGUUGGUUUUAUGAGUCAUGAGUACAGAAACAGUCUCAAACUUGUACAAUUUUUUUUCCCUUUUGAAAGCCCCUGGGGCCAAUUUGUGGUUAAGAGGUGGUGAGAUAAGAAGUGGAACGUGACAUCUUUGCCAGUUGUCAGGAAGAAUCCAAGCAGGUAUUGGCUUAGUUGUAAGAGCUUUAGGAUCAGGCCGAAUAGGAGGACAAGGUGGGCCACGUUAGAAUCUGCAGGGAUCACUCUGGAGGCUUCUGUUUCUACAUUCUGCCACGAGAGCUAGGUCCUUGCUCUUUUCUUUAGAUUGAAAGUCUGUCUCUGAACACAAUUAUUUGUAAAAGGUAGAAGUUCUUUUUAAGUCAUUAAAAGAGUCUUGCUAAAGGA